AUGCUCUAUAAGGUUGCUGCCCUUCUUCUGCUAGCCUCCGGUGCUGCAGCUGCAGUGACUGGCAAGAAAGUUCCAGCUGGAUUCGUCACAACCAAAGGCAAUGUUUUCAAGCUUGAUGGGAAGAAUUUCUACUUCGCCGGAAGCAAUGCCUACUACUUCCCCUUCAAUGAUCUCGCAUCGGACGUCGAAGCUGGUCUCACUGCUGCAAAGAAGGCGGGACUGAAUGUCUUCCGAACCUGGGGCUUUAAUGAGCGGAACAGAACGACCAUUCCAGGCGGGCUGCCUCAAUACGGUGGUGAGGGUGCUGGCCCCAGCCCGAAUGUCAUGCAAUGGUGGAGCAACGGUACUCAAGAGAUCAACCUUGCACCGUUUGACAAAGUUGUCGCAGCCGCAGAGAAGACUGGAAUCAAGCUCAUUGUUGCCUUGACAAAUAAUUGGGCUGAUUACGGUGGCAUGGACGUCUAUACUACGAACCUAGGUGGGAAGUACCACGACGAUUUCUACCGAGUUCCUAAAAUCAAGAAGGCAUUCAAGAAAUACGUCAAAGCGAUUGUGAAGCGCUACGCUAAGUCCCCCGCUAUUUUUGCCUGGGAACUCGGCAACGAGCCUCGCUGUGGUGCUGACGGCGUGCGCAACCUGCCUCGAAGUGCCAACUGUACACCCGACACACUCACUGCUUGGGUUGAUGAGAUUAGCACGUUUAUCAAAUCUAUUGAUUCAGACCAUCUCGUCACCACAGGUAGCGAAGGCGGCUUUAAUAGGGCAAGCGAUGAUGGAUUCUACAAUGGAUAUGACGGGGGUGAUUUCGACAAAGAACUUACCCUAAAAAAUAUUGAUUUCGGCACACUUCACUCCUACCCGGAUUGGUGGUCGAAGACAGUCGAGUGGACCAAUCAAUGGAUCAUUGACCAUGCCGAAGCCGGACGCAAAGUCGGGAAGCCAGUCGUGCACGAAGAGUAUGGCUGGCUAACUGAUGCUAAGAGAAAAGAGGUCCAGAACAAGACAUCCAACAUCACGAGAACUCAAGCCCUUGGUCUGUGGCAGGCUACCAGCAUCAAGGAGGGGAUGUCGGAUCUGUACUGGCAGUUUGGGUACGGGGGUUACUCAUACGGCAGAAACCACGACGACGGAUUCACAAUCUACUUGGAGGACGCAGAGGCUAAACAACUGGUCUAUGAGCAUGCAGAGAAAGUCAAUGCACUCAACAAGUGA